AUGCGACCAGUGCCAGGCACUUUGAGUUGUGCCGUAGCGCGUUUACACGCCCGGAAGGUAAAUACCAAAAAAUUAAACCUUUUUAAAUUGUCGACAACGAAAACGUUGUGAAAACGCUGUCGCCGAGCCGUGUGCGUUCGUCUCCAGUGUUAUGUGUCCCGUUGUUUUUGUCGGGUCCACUGCUUUCCGUUUUGUUGUCGUUUCGCCGCGACACCAUAUGUUUAAUAACCGCGCGUUAGAUAAUGAAUAUUAUUUAUUAUUAUUUACAAAUGUUCGUUCGAAAUAUUAUCAAUUCGAAUCGGCACCUUUCGUAACCUUAACGGUAUAAACUUGACGUUACGGUCUAUGCCCGUCAUAUUAAUUCGUUUCCUCGCGGCCCGCACCAACAGUUGUCGUGUUCAGAUUCACACUGUAGAUAUGUAGUUAAAAUAUGAUAGUCGGUUUUCACUUUUCCCAGUAAAAAAAAAAUAGCCAUUACUCAAUGUUUAUUUAUAAAAACGAAAAACAUAUUUUGCAUGCCGCGUGCAGGAUUCGUUCGUCGACCGUGGACCAGAGACUUAGGUUUCGUCUAAACAUUGAACCCCAUACUAGUUUUGUCCUUUAAAAGUGCCCAUACGACCUACGCCUAGUACCUAUUGAUUCAAUAUAAAUAUAUUAAUCUAUCAUUUACUCAAUUGCCAAUGCUGUUCCUACCUGAGUUAAGUUAAACAUUUUUUAAAUUUCUUUGCUACUUGAUAUUGAACAAUCUCUCAAUAAUAGACCUCAAUCAAGAAAAUGUUUUUAAGUCAAAGCCAUACAAGGUUUUGAACUUUUGAACUCUCAGGUAUUAACAAAAAAACUAAUGACAACAUUAAUUAUUUUAAACCUCUGUAAAAUAUACCUCACAAUAAACUCUGUUAUUGAUUUUUUUAUUGGAAUUUACGAUUAUAUGUGGUUAUUGGUUUUGUUGGUAUAAAUAUAUUUUUUUUUUUAUUGGAACUGAAAACUGUGUGAACAUUACUAUUUCAUUGCUGUACAUCACUACCUACUUAAUGUAGAUUUUAUUUUUAUUUGUAAAAAGUAUAGCUAGCUUUUGUUUGUUAUUUUUGCAUUGAUAUUAAUUGGUUACAUUGUCUUUAGUGAUAAUAUUGUGUUUUCUUUAAAAUUGGAUACAUUAAAAAUAUUCAGUUUAUCUCCAGUUUCAACAGAAUAUUUCCAUUUUAUAUAACUUUGAAACCUGUAUUUUUCAUUGUUUGUAUAAGAAUGUAAAUAAUAUCAUGGAUAAUUUGGUACCACUUAAAAUACAUAUUUAAAUACCUAAUAUAUAUUUCAUAAUAAAUUUGUUUUAUGUGCAAUGUGUACACUAAACAAUAUAAAGUAGUCAGAUUAGCUAUGAUUAUAAAUCAAGGUUUUUAUACAUAUAAAUUUGUUCUGUUUUCAAAAUGUACAGUAUUAAUCUAAUUGUUUAUGUAAAUUUAUAACUAUUUCAAACUCCAGUUGUUUUUUUUUUUUUAAUUUUAUGAUAAAGCCUAAUUUGGCAAUCCAUAUCAGAUGAAACUUAUAAGUAAAGUACCUACCUAUAUAUUUACUUUAGUAAAAGACCUUGUUCCAUAAUAUUAAUUAUUUUACUGAUUAAGUUACAAAUUGGUACCAAUAACAGAAAUAUUUGUAUAUAGCUAAUUUAUCUAUUUGUAGUAGAAGAAUUAAAAGGCCUUAAUUUAACAAUCAAAUGAUAAGCUGUAUUUAAUAGUAUUUUUUUUUUUUAAUCAUUAAUAAUAUUUUAUGUAUAUUUUUAUUAUAUUGUUUAUCUAUCAAAUCAAAUAUUAGAAUUAAGCGAGAACCUUCAUUGAUUUACUUUUAAUCAAAUAUGUCCUCAUAGAACAUUAUUUUAUAACUAAAAUUAUUGUAAUGUAUCUAUGUAUUGCAAUUAUAACUUAAGCCUGAAAUAAUAUAUUUUUUAAACAUUUUUUUUUUUUAUUUUAUUCAGUUUAGAAUGGAUAAAGUAAACAAAUUCAUUCGACCAUUCGGGUUCAGACGACGUACGCGAUCUGCCAGUAGCGUUGGUAUGUUGUAUUUUUUUUUUUAUAAUUUUUAAAAAUGUUUCACCAAAUUAUUCAUAACUUUCAUUUAUGAUUUAGCUUAUCCUUGCAAUAAAGCUCAAAGUGAUGAUUCGAGUAGUAAUUCUAAAGAUGUAGGAGCUUCUAGUAUUUAUCAUGUGAGAAAAUUGUGUUUGAAUUUGUUUACAAAUAUGAAACAUUUUAUUAGAGAAGUACCUAAUAUUAUUAUUUUAAAUAGAGUGAUUCAGAUGAUAUAAGUGGUGCUCAACAACCAAUUCCGUUCGCUUUACUAUCAAAACACCUAAUGAAUUUGGAAUCUGAUUCAGUCAAUGAAAACUUCACCCCUGGAAGACCAUUCACUAGAAGGUUAAAUGCAAAUUAAUAGGGAGGGCUUUAAUUAUUAUAAUAAUAUGUAUUUGAAAAAAAAAAAUUCACAGAAAACGAAAAUUCAAAAAAAUGAUUGUUGAUCCAGAUGUGAAGUUUGCAUCUCAGAUGUCUAGUAGUUGUUCAUACAGUAACAGUGAGAAGAGAAGAAACACACGCCAUUCGGCCAGUAUGCCUAGGUAUUAUUUUAAUUUAAUUAUCUUGCUAAUCAAUUUUUGUCAGUGGGUUGAUUUCAAAUAUGUAUUAAAUUGUACUGGUAUUUUAUUUUUAUUUUUGUUUUUGUUUAGAAAUUGUGGAUCUUUAAUUUUGGCCAUUGGUAAAAGAAAACGUAGUAACCGCGAAACAAUUGCUGGUAGCUGCCACCAGGGUACUUCAAAUGCAAAGUCAAUGGAUAUAGAUGUUGCUAGUAGUUCAAGUAGUAUUAGUUCUUCAGAAAGUGAAGCUGGUAUAUUUACUAACGACGAAGGAAGAGAAGGUAAAAUAAAAUAUAGACAUUGUUAAAUAAUAUUAAAAAAUAUAUAUAUAAUAUUUUAGGAGAUGAUGAACAGAGUGAUUGGGUUGGAAAUGGAUGUGGAGCUGGUGGUGUGACUGAUGAUGAUACCGAACCACUUAAACUUGAUUGCCAGAGAUUGUUACAGUCCGUUAGUUUACAAAAUAAUGUCUUAACUGAAGGAAGAGGACCUGGUCGUAUGCCAUUGUGGUCUAGUAGAAAAGUAUAAUUUAACAAUAUUUUAAUAAUUAGUAUUUUAGUUUAAAAUACACUUUAAAUUAUCAGGCUAAUGAUAGAGAAAUACGUGGAGGUUUACGCAGAGUUCGAUCGGUUAAACCUAGUUUUUCUGUAUUGACCUCAGCUAAUGAAAAAGUUUCACGUUUUUUACGCGAUCCAGCACAAUCUGAAUUAAGGUAUUAUUACUCGCAUAUAAUUAGUUAAAACUCAAUUUAAGAAUGAUUUAUUUUCAGACUACAUCCGAUGCCAAAAAACGAACAAGACCAACUAACACAUUUAGCAGAAAUGUAUUCUCUUCAUAUGCAACUUAACGACUCGCCGAAAAAAGGAGUUACUUUAACUAAAACAGAGUAAGUUUAUUUAUAUUUUAUUAUAUACUGCAUGCAAUAAAUAGUAGAGGUGCAGUAUGCUAUCUACACAAACUUUUUAGUUGUCAUAUUCUAUCUACAUUAAAAAUCAUAUCUACCACUUUAAAUUCAUUCAUAUUUUAUAUCAAAAAAUUGUUUAUAGUUAUUAGUUUUAUGUUUUAUGUUUUAUAGAACCACAUACUCCAGUGUAAGAAUUCUUUUUUUUUGUAAUGCGUUUAUGAUAACACACCACUUUAACUAUAAAAAUUGACAAAUUUUUCACCAUUAUAAAAAAUAUGCCAACAUAAAUCACCAAAAGUAAUAUUUUAUAAAAAAUCUUAAAAACUAACUAUAACUCUUACAACAUAACAUAACUAUUUUAAUAAUUUUAGAAAUUGAGCAUCGGCUAUACAUAUUCAACUAAAAUCAUUUAGUGUAUAUUGUAUCUUUCAAUAAUAUCCUAUAAUUCAAAAUUAUUUAUUAUUAAUAGAUAUCAUAAGUACGUUGCCAAUAUGAAGGCACAACAGUACAGUAGUGUGCCCAGGGGGGGAAGGAGAUAAGGGGACUUCAGCUUUGGUCAUGUCAAAUAAAAAAUAUAUUUAUAAAUUACUCAUCAUUGAAAAAUUAUCUAUGUAUUUUGUAGGUAUAUAAAAUCAAGUUUAAUUUAUGUUCGCUUUUUAUAUAAAUCUACAAUUUUAUUCCGAUCUAGAUGAAACCUUGCACACUUUACAUUUGAUAAAAGACUGACAUAAUCAUACAAUGGAUAGGCAACUGUUGUAGAUGAGAAGUUGGGAACGUAGAAUAUAAAGGGGAAUUUAAUAUAAAUCUUUAUGCAACAAUUGAUCAUUGCUAAUGAAAAACGAUUCUGAGUUUAGUUUGGUUAUACAUUUUUAUUAAAAUGCAAUUAUUUUUAUGAAUUUUGAUAACAUUUAAUCUUAAAUCACUUUAAAAAUAAAAAAAAUACCUACAUUUUAUUUUAUUUUUCAUUUUUACCACAAAAUACAAGUUAUAUUGAACUUUAUGUUAAAUUUUUGAUCAUUCUUGCUCAAAUGAUACCAAAUGAAAAACUCGUAAAAUCAAAAUGUAUAAAAAGCUCUAAUGUUAUGAUCAUUUUAUCACGUCUAAAAAGGUUAAUAUAAGUUUUCUGUCCAAAUUUUAAGUCUUUAUGAAACAUUUUUAACUGAAUAACUACAAAAAACAAAAUUGAAAAUAAUAAGUUUUUCCCAAGUAUUAUGAAAACCGAAAAUAGAAAAUUUAAAAAUUAAAAAAUUAAAAUGACCUCUAUUAAUGUAAUAGAAAAUAAUUUUACUGUAGGAUAAUAUAUCGGAAACUCUUAAAUAUAACACUAAGUAAUUAAGCUAGUAAGAAAUAAAAUAAUAAUCAUUGCAUAUUUGCAUUAAUUAUGUAGUCAAAUAUAAAUAAUUGUACUACGUAAUUAUGGGUAUUUUGCAAAAACUUCAUGUAUCGACAUGUAUGUUAUGACAUGUACUGCAUAUUUCUGUAUUUUACGAUUUUUUAUUACAUUUAUAAAUGGUUUUUAAAUGCACAAUAUGUAAUAUUUGUAUUAAUUUAAAAAUAAUGAUAUAAAUAAUAAAAAUAAAAUAAUUUUUUUUUAAUCAAAUUUUUGUUGUACUCAUAUUUUUUAUUUGAAAAAAAAAAAAUUAUAUAUUGCUUUUCAGACUGAAAAUACCAUUACAAUCAUUUGUACCUACUCUAAAAAUAAAGAUAGAAAUAAUAAAAAUUAUAAAACAUUUUUUUUAAUGCAUGUUUUAUUUUGAUGGGUAUAUUUCAACAAAAUAGAGCAUAAAUGCUUAUUUUAUAGUGCAUAUUUCUAAGGUUUUUAGAGAAUAUAAAUACGAGCCCUAAUUAUUAGUAAACAUAAAUUAUUAUUUAUUUUUUUAAAAGCUUUCUAUGUUUAUAUUUUAGCAAUACUAUUCAAAUGGACUUAGAAGCUCCAUUUUCACAUCUUAAUCCUUCAAAGGAUCACAAAAGAAAGAAGUCUACCUCUUCUGGUAAUUAUAAAAUACAAAUUAAAGACCUUUAUAUUGAACAUAUGAAUUAAAGUAAUUGAUUGAUGAAAAUUAAAUUUUUUUUUUUAGAAUUAAGCUUAGGUUUACAUGCGUUACACAAUCAAGCUUGGAGACCAAUGGCUCAUGAAGAUAAGCCUUGUACAUUGUCACAAGCAGAAAUUGCAAGUCAGAACAAGUGAACAUGAUUAAUAAUUAUAUUAUUUUGCCAAUUAGUAAGGCUGAAACUAAUUGAAAAUGCAGCUAUAACACGCUUGAUUUAUUUAUAUAAUUUUUAUGUUAUACUGUAGACAUGUAAUUUGUCUACCUAAAAUGCAUGUUAGAAAAUAUAGUAAUAUCCUAAAUAUUACUGGCGAUUAAAUAGUCACAAUUUAAUUAUUAUGAUAUAUUGACUUAUUAAAUAUACCAAUAUAUAUCAAGUCAUUAUUUUAAGACUUAUUUAUUAUAUAUACAUUAUAUGCAUAUACGUAUAUAAUAUAUAUAUAUAUAUAUAUAAACUCGGAGGUUGAAGUACUCUUAUUUCUAUUACUUUCUAAAUUAUCGGUCUUUAAAAACAUGUUGCUGAACUUUUUCAUCUUGUAAUUUAUUGUAAUUUAUUUUUUUAUGUCUUGAACACACUACAAUAAUAUAAUAAUAUCCUCAACAAUUAUAUUUUAAUUUAUAGAACACUUCUUAUUUAAUUAUUAUUACACUUUUUAGGUAUUACUCUAUGUUACUAUUCCAUAUUUAUUUAUAAUAUAAUCGAUAACGUUUUAUUGUUUUAAAUUUACAUGCUCACAUUCAUAAAUAUUGUCUAACGCGAUGUAUGUUUGAUCGUUCAUUUUUAAUUUUUAAGAUGUAAUAUCAUGAUUUCACAAACAUUAUAAACAUUUUCAAUAAUAAUUACAUGUAAUACUUGUUUUCAUUUUUAGUUGUUUGAAUAAACUCCUAUUAGUAGUUUUAUGUUUUAUUUGAAAUAUAUAAAUUAUAUAAUUGCAUUCAAUAAAAAAAUAGUUCUAACCUAUCAUAAAUAUAUUAAUCAAUUGAACAGUGAAUAGCAAUUUUUUUGUUAUUGCAAUUUUUAAUUAUUAACAUUACUAUAUAUUUUUUUUUCUUAUUAAUCAAACAUUAUUCAAUUUAAACGGAAAUGUGUUUUUAACACUAUUAACACAUUAAAUCCAAGUUUAAGAAAAAAAUUUAACUUUUUAAACUCCAAUAUUAUAAACAAAUGCAUGAACUGAAAAAAUUGAAUUGUAUAGAAAACUUAUUAAUUUAUUGUUUAAAUUUGUCUUCAUUUAUGAUUUUAUAACAUUCCAUUGAUUGCAACCUUAUUGAUAUUUAGUUUUGUUUUAAAAAUGCGUAAAAUAGUACCUGUAAUAUGAUGAAAUCUGAGUGAAGUCGUUUUGGUAUACAAUAGUACUAAUGCUAUAGGUUUAUAAUAUGGAUAUUUGUUAGGCGAUAAAAAAAAUGUCCAAAUAGAUUUGAUUAAUUUUGAAUCAAAAUACUUAUAAACUAAAUGUUUAAUUGAUAAUGUGUUUAGUAAUAAAAAGAAUACGUAAAAAAUAAAACAAAAUGAUCAGUUUCAAUAGUGAAAAUGAAUAAAUUAACUUAAGAAGAUUUAUUUAAUUUGAAUACUUAAUUACCUCGACAAUAAUAAUAUUAAUUAUGUUUUUAAUAAUUUUGAAAUACUAAUUAUUAAUUGUUGACAUAACAACCAAGAUUAAAAUUUUUUUUUUAUUUUAGAAAUUAACAGAAUUAUAAGACAUUUACAGAUUAAUCAACAAAGUUACCCCAGUAUAAAGAAAUGUUAAUGACUCAAAAAUUGUUUGAUAAAUUUUGAUAUGGGAAAAAAUAGAUGGCUUAAUGUCCAUUGUCAUUCAUUAUACACUACCCAAAAGGGCCUAUCAAUGUUACACCAUUUGUAGAGUAAAGUUGGUAACUUUUUAAAAUCAAAAUUUCUUGAAUAAUUAAAAAAAUUAAUUAUCUUGCACUAAUUUCUAUUUGAAUACUUAUGAAUAGCGCUAUAAUUGGUUAGCACUUUUUAUAAGGCUUCAUUUUUUGUCAGUUAAUAAACAAAAAAAUUUUAAUAUUUAUGUUGCCCCAUUUUACGGUAUUGGUAAAUUUCAUGUGGCAUAUUAUGUAGAUUGUGAAAACAUUAUUAAUUAUUAUGGGGAGUAUUGUUUUAUUGUUCAAAAUUCAAAAUUUGACAAAUUUCGGUAUUCCUAUAACAACAAUGUUGUUUGCAGAGCCCGUUUGUAAUAUACAAUUAAAUUUUUUAUCAGUUAUAAAUGCGAUUAUGACCAAACGUACUGUUUUUACGGAGAGUCCUUUCAUUUUUAACAGAAUAACAAUGUCUAAUUGUGCAUAACGUCAAGUGUGAGCUCGCGAGCUUUUGAAUUUCGGCGGGACCGGUCGUUUGGGAACCACUGGGCGGUAACUGCUACCGGCCAACGGAGAACGCGGUGGCGGGAGGCGCGGCCCGCGCGAUUUUCCCGCUAAAAUCCCUGUGCUAUCGGACAAAGGCCUUCCGAACCGGUCGUCAAUACCGCCGCCGUCACCACUUCCAUGUCUCAUCGCCAACGAAUAAACUUGAAUUGCAUAGCGUCGUUAGCAUCGCCUUUUAACCGUAGUCUGUCGUCGACGUUACGGCGAUUAGGUUUUGUCGUUAUCGUUCUUGCAUACCAAUCGUACCGCUGCCGCUUCUCCCCGCGUCUUGCCCAUCCGACGGCGAAGGCGACAUUUUUAACCGACGGCGCAGUGCCCGUUAAAAGAAAAUUACCGCCGGAUAUUUGGCAGAAAAUUAAUACCCGGCUGUCGCAUACAGUAUAUAUACCGGCAUCGUGGGACGAUAUUGUUUCGCUUGACAAGUCUAAAGGUUAGUGUGUUUUGUCGACGGCGUUUUAACCACGUUAACGGUCGCGAGUCUUUUUGAAAUUGUCGGUCAGACGGCAAGUAUUCACUAGUUGUCCGGUUUUCUAAUAGGUCCCCGUUUGGUUGGCCGUUCAGCGCGAAAAUAUAUCGUCCAAUUAUUAUUAUAUUUAAUUGCGAUUAUCGCAUCGUGACUCGUUUUCGGUUUUGUAAAAAAAUUAUUCGGGACCUACGUGUUAGUUCGCGCGUUUUUUGCAAUUUUUAUCACAGCUGUGGUGUACGAUUUAUUAUAAUUAAAUCGUCGGCGUCGUGUUUUUGUUUUUUUCCUCCCAAGGCGUAACGAUCAACGCGAUUGUUGUCGCUCAACACUCGUCAUUCGUAUUAUUAUCGUACGUACCGAUUGCCGCGAUGCAUGUUAUAUUAAUUUGGGUCAAUUGAAAAUUAAAAAAAAAAAAAAAAAAACAACCAAUAAAUCAUCUGACAAAAGCACGAUGUGUACAAUUCGUUUUAUUAUGGUUAAACCAUAUGGACUACUAUGAUAGUAUUGUAUUGUUGUGGGUAGGCAGUGACUUAAAAAUAUCUAAGACAUUAUCUAUUUUGAAUACCUAAUCAUUGAAUAUUAAUAAUUGUCAUUGCAAUUUGGUGCCAAAGUUGACGGUGUUGAAUGCGAUGACUAUAAAACGUACUCUCAAACCGUUUUGUUUUUUUUGUUUUAGAUUUUUUUCUAUAUUCAAAAAUACUAAAAAAAAAAAAAAAAAAAACGGGUUUUCCUAUUUAUCUAAAGAUUAUACUGAUAGUAAUUUUAAGAUGACUAAUAACAAAAGCAAAUGAUUUAUAUGUUCUUAAAAUCCACGAAAAAGCACUUGAAGACGACAAAAAGCCAUGGAAAAAAAAUCACUAAACAAAUAUAUUAAAACUCAAAAAUAAUAGAGGGAUUUAGAGGGGUCCCCCCCUCUAACGGAUUUAAUUUAUAAAUACAAUUUUCUAACACGACAAAGUAUAUAUUUUUUAUAUACACACGAUUUUAUUUAAAAUUAAUUAUUUUAGUCAGUUUUGUAGAGUUAGGAAAUUCAAUAACUUAGAGCUAUUAGAAAGGGGGACUUUUUACUUUUUUUAAAUGUUUCUCUUUCAGGGCUUUUUUGGUGUUUUUAAGCAUCUCUUUGUGGAUUCUAAAAGAAUAUAAUUCCGGACUUUACUAAUAACUAAUAUCAAAUACUUGAUAGUACUACUUAGUGCCUAUACUUAUAUUUUCUAAAGAAUUUGACUAAUUAAAAAAUUAAUUUUUAAUUUUUUCUAACCAUUUUAUUAUCUUGUGUAAUACAAUUCUAUGUUCUGAAAUAAUAUUGAGUAAUAUUAUACAGUUGAUCUGGUUCUUAAUAUGUAUGUCUGUAUAGAACUAACUGUAUUUUUGAUUCCGAACCUAGUGAGGAAGCUAUUGGUUUUACAAUGCUGUUUUAAUUUUUUUUCUUCAUUCUAGUCUGUAGACACGUUUUUCUCAAUUAACUUACUCCGAUUUUUACGUGUAGCAAUUUUUCUGAAAGCUCAAGUUGUAUAAAUGGUACUUUAGAGAAGUCAUUUGUUGAUUUUCAAUCCCAUUUUUUAAAUAAAAUCACUUAAGUAGGAUAAAACUUGGGAAAACAUACAAUUUCAUUAUUUUAUAAAAACACUCACAACAUUUUCUACCAGAAAAAAUUAUUUAAUCAAAAAAUUAUAAAACACUUUUUUUGUUGUAUUUUUGAUUUACUUCCCUACAGUAUUAUCGCCAAAACUUUUGAGCUUUUAAGUAAUUUUAAUUUUUGGGAGUUUUUUUUGCUGUAAUUCGGUUAUAAAUACAAGUAGAGACUUGAAACUUAGUAAUAAUACUUAUAUUGGAUUUACUUAGACGUGGUAAAAUUUCCAAAAAUUAUCGGAUGACUUUUUUAUGUAAGGGUUUUGAAAUCAAAUUUAUACGAAAACCGCAAAAAAAAAUAUGGCACUUGAAAUUAUGUAUUACCAAACUGCGCUUGGAAUCGUCUUUUGUCAAGCAAUGGUUUAUAAUUUCUUACAGAUAUUAAUUAAGUGACCUUAUGUAUCCUAUCUUCCCAACUUUUCACCUAUACCAGUGACUGCUACCAACCCCAGUAUCAGCUCUUUUUUAAGGGUGAAACUGUGAAAGUAUUGACAAAUUUUAGCACUUACAAGUUUUGUAUCUGAAAAAGUUCAGAAGUGUCAUAUAAGGAUAGGUACAUGAAAUUUUAUUAUUUUUCACUAUAUGAUACGUAUCUCAUAUGUUAAAAUUAAUUUACACACAAAUAUUCAAGGAAAAGCACAUUUUUUAAUACCUAUAUUUUACCUAUGUAUACCUAAAUCGUGUAUUCUAGUUAUUAAUAUAUAUAUAUAUAUAUUUCCUCUCUAUCUAGGAGGGGAAAUAGAGUCAUUUUUCCCUUCCGAACUCCUUAGCACAGUAUGUUUUUUUCAAGUAUUAUUGUCAAAUUUAUACAAUAUAUCAUUGAUAAAAAUUAUUUGCACUCCCUUCCUCCCUCUCCCCUAUACAAACAAAUUUCAAGUUUGUGUUUGAAUUAAAUGCUUUAAAAAUAUGUAUCUAGUGGCAAAUAAUAGCAUAAAUCAAUGUCAUAUAUCAGGUUUUUUUGACCAAUAUUUUCAGGGAAAAAAAGAUCAUUAUGUCAUAUUACAUGUAUCUCUGAAAUAUGAAAUAAGCAAUAGGAAAAAAUAAAAAAAGUUAUGUUUUAAACUGAUACCUUAACUAAAAAUAAGUAAGUAACCUACUUUACAAAUUCAAUUACCACCAUUUGAAAUUAGGUAUUGAAAUUAUAUGACUUUCUAAAACAUAAACCUGAUGUAAACUUAUUUUUAAGUGAAAAUUUUUUUGUUCUUUUGUUUAUAAUUUUUUACAAAUAUCUACUUCAAUAACUGUCUAUAAUUUUUGAGUUUUUCAAAAUGUUUACUGAAUAUUUUCCUUCAGUUUUUGUUGUAUUAAUUACACCCUCAGAUAAUAAAAUGUGCUUAAUGUAUAAAUAUGUAAUAAAUAUUGUAUAGAUUUUUACAUAUUACAUUAGUUUCAUUAAAAGUGGUGAUGAACUAUUUCUUAUUUGAUGAACAAUUUUAAAUAAUUCUAGGAUUUAUUUACUAGAGAAUUUUUGUUAUUUUUAAUUGUUUGGUGGGAUAUUUAAUUCAGUUUUGGUUUUAAGUACUUGUUUAUUUAAUAGUUUUCUUUUCCUUUUUGAAUGGUAUUCUGUACAUGUGAUUGUUUUGCUAAAUCAAUACAAAAGUAUCCUAAAAUAUUUGUAUACAAUUUUAUAUUUUUAUCAGAUGGAUAAGUAUUGGGUAUAUUGGUACAGAAUUAGAAUAAUUCAAUUCAACUGGUACUACCCAUUUUUAUUUUAAUGUUUUUGAUUAUUCAUUGGUAAAGUUUUGUCACAGAAAUAGCAUAAUUCAUAAUUUCCAUGCUUAAUAGAUUUUAGAUAAGUUACCUACCUAUAUUAUUUAUUUUUUCAAAUUAAAACAAUUGUAAUUUGUUUCUACUUACUUAUAUUCCAUUAAGAUAAGCUGAAUUAUUGUGCUGUCAUAUUAUUAUAUAUAUAUUUUAGAAAGUUAAAAUAAAAUAUAUUUUGAACCAUCUCCUCAUGAAUAUUAUUUUAAUAAGAAAAUUACCCAUAAUAAAUUUAAUUUAUUCAAUCGUUUUGUUAGGCUAUUAGGUAUAUACAGUGAAUAAAAACAAUAUUAAAUUCCAAACUUUUAUUUUAAAAAAUUUUUUUUUAAAUUGUCCUAUCGAAUGUUUUCAAUAGAAAUUUGUGUCCAAAACAUGUACAUUAUACUUUGUAUAUUUUUAGAUUUUUCAAUUUAUUGUGCAUAUUUUUAAAAAAGUUGUAUUGUUUUUAAUUACAUAUUUUUUAGCAUCUGAUACAAAAUACAAAAAAAAUUGCUUACAUAUUAUUAACUGAAUUCGAAUUUUAGUUAUUUUACCUGUGUUCAAAUUUUGGGAAUUUUUGAAACUAAAUUUUUUCUUCCAAAAAAUAGCUUGUUAUAAUCUACUAACUAUUAUUUUUGAUUUCAAUUAUAAAUUAAUAAAGGUUUUACUCAUAAUUAUGAGGGUGAAAAAAAUUAGGACAAUGCUACUUUUAAUAAUAAUCCCAACUUAGACUAAUUAAUUUCCUAAAUUUAUACUUCAAAUUAAAAAAAAAAAAAUCUGUUUUAUAGAGAAUCCUUAUAAACACUGAUUAUAUUGAACACAUCAAAAUGGAAACACCUCCAUUUAAUCCAGAACCAACUCGCAUGAUGACUAGAAGUGUUCUAGCUGAGAUACCAACAAGACUAGGACGAUUGACGAUGACAGACCCAAAUAAUGGUAAUAUUAAAUACUAAUCAAGUUAAAUUUAUCAAAAAUUUAUUAAAAUAACCAAUAUGUAAUUUAACUGCAUUUUAUUAUUAAUAGGUUUAGGGCGAACUGACCAAAUUCUUAAUAUAAUGAAUACAACUAUAAAUAACUUGCCAACAUCUAUGAUGACACCAUCACCUAGUCCAGAUGAAUUAGUUAUACAACAGCGUGGUCGCCGCAAAAUACCAGUCACUUUUAGUCCUGAUAUUGAUGCCAUAAAACAAGUACCUACUUUAUUUGUUUAAAUAAGUUUUAUGUGUUUGAACUUUAAAUGUAUAAAUAUCUUUUAGAACAAUCAAGAAACACCGACCAAAUCUGGUUCAUGUUCCAAUUACAAUAAAAGUUCAAUUGUUUUGAGGAGUACUCCACGUAAAAGAUUACUCUUAAAUGAUCCAUUGGAAUUAUCAUCCCCGGAUAAAUACAAAACUGUAUGUAAAAAAAAAAAAAUGUUUGAAUAUAAUUUUCCAAAACAUAUUAGGUAACCUUGACAGUUUUGGUUUUUAGGGCUCUCCUAAUUACAAAAAAAUACGCACUGAUGUGGCGAUUGAACUUCCAGAAGAUAAUUGUCUGUUAUCAGCAAUGAAAGCAUUAUCUUCAGAUCAACUUAUUUCUAUAAUCGGACAAAUAGUCUUCAAACAUCCAGGUAUCGAAAAAGUAGGUCAUUUUGUUAUUUAUAGUUGAAUGAAUUUUUGAUUUUAAUAUAAAUUCUAUAGGAGAUAAGGUCUAAUUUUCCCAAAGCUGAUUUAAAACCUCUAGAAGAACGCAUUUAUUAUUUACGGCGUAACAUAUACAAAGCUUUGCCAAGUAGCCGAUUGAUUUCAAAAACUGAUACUACUGCUUAUAAUAGGGUAUCGACCCAUGUAUUAGCUUUUAAGGUAAGUUUGGUCGUUUUUGGUUUAAGUUUAAAUGUAACAGUAUUUUAAUGUGUGAUGAUGUUUUUUAGAAAUGUGUGGUUGACCAAGGCAGACGUUUAGUUGAAAGCAACCAAUGGCCAGUAGUUGUAGACUAUGUAUUCAUGGCGUGGAAACAUGUUCGCAAUACCCCAAUUUGGGAUACUCCUGCUCAUAAUGCAGCCCGAAGACAAUGUUUUAAAUCCCUAUCAGCACAGUGUAUGACUGCUCUAAAACAUUUGAAGAAUACUAUGGAUCAACAAAUGUGUGACAAUUAUAAAAAUCAGUAAGUUUGAUUAUGAUUAGAUAAUGAUAUUUUUAAAUUUUAUUUUUGAUUUACCCCUCUCAAAUAGAUUGCAGUAUUUAGUUGAUGACAGCGAAGACAUUGAAUGGUGUUUACAAUUUCUGAAUAUUCAUGAGCGACCCCAAUAA